AUGCCUUCGCCUGAUGACAGCAACACCAGCUCGAACAAUGGCGGUGAAGUAACCGGUUAUAGGCGCGGUUUCAUCAGACUAGGCUUCAAUUUCGCGCAGUAUGCCCCGACGGAUGUCCGCGAUGAGGAUGACGACAAGAAGGACGCCCCUCGCACCCUCGCAGAACUCCGGAUGUGCGCGUUGAGUGCCUCUAUACGCGAGAGACCCCAGUGGUAUGUGAAGUAUCGUGAUGCGGAUAUUCGGCGCAAGUGGGCAGUUCAGGCUUGCGAGCAGGAGAAGGAUGUACAUGUCAGCCAACGCUUGACAGAAAAUAUGAUUAACUAUGUCAUGGGCGAGCUUCAGGCAUACGAUACACUUCGUGACCCUGCGACCGGUAUUGAGCCUGGGCAAUGGCUACCUUCGGAUUUCACUGUCUCAGAAGACGGCAGUAUCGCGCUUGUGUCGCGGUAUAUCAACAACGUACACCCAGAGGAUCACAAGCCGCUCAUGGACGUCAUCGUCACAUUGCUUGAGAAGGCAGUACCCAUGUUUGAAUGGGUCUUGUCUGAUCUUGCACGCGUCGUGCAGGUUCCAACCCGGAUGGAUUUUGGGGGUCCCGAGUUUCCUCCGUGUUCUUGGCCUGACGGGGACCAGCCAUUUCCGGACGAAGCGGAUGUAGCAAGCUUCACAGCGGCGUCGUUUCGGCAGCGGAGGGACAGGUUCGAGUGGGAGGCCCGAGAGCGGAUUGGUCAACAAGACGACUCCGAUGCAUCGCGGCGGUCAGAACUCUACGGCCUCGACUAUGGUACCCAAGCCCGACUCGCGUGGUAUAAUAAGCAAGGUCAACAUCUAUGGUCAGACAGCAAGCCCGCAUACAACGGUGGCCUGAACGAAGUGCAAAAGACGGUGGACUUGCGCGGGAAGCGGCUGCAGGUGAUCGUGAAGCUGACGAACGUCAUGCUCACGCCGGAGAAGCCACAAUUCAAUGGCACUCAGUGGCAGUAUGAAGGCUCGGAAGACGAAGCGAUCAUUGCGACGUUCGUAUAUUAUUACGGAUGCGAAAACAUCGCCGAGUCGAGUCUCGCUUUCCGCACAACCGUUGUCCGACCACACGACCAACACGAAUACUGUUCUUUCCACCACCACGGGAUCGCGAAUUUGGAGCAGUGCGAGCAAAACAUUGGUCAUUUCUCAAUUGGAGAAGACAGAUGCGUCGCAUACCCCAACUGUUAUCAAAAUCGACGGUCGCCCAUCCGGUUGCAAGACGCGAGCAAGCCUGGCCACUUGAAGGCCUUAUAUCUAUUCCUCGUUGACCCGCACGUCACGCUCCCUUCGACGGCCACAGUAGGUCCGCAACAAGAGUCGUGGAUCCGCCGCGCCGUGCAGGACACAAAUCUGUUCAGCAGGCUUCCGCCGGAAAUAGCAGACGUGAUUUGGGAGCAGGUCGAUGCGAUGACGUUAGAACAAGCGCAGAUACACAGGGAGAAGAUGGUGAAGUACCAGGGAAUGCCACUCUGGAUUGGUAAGGGCGAGGAGGAAUUUUCGGAACGCUUUGGCGAUCCAUUCAUUCUGUCCGAGGACUAG